AAUCAUUAAUACAAAAUAAGGAAACGUUUUGAAAGUGAAAAGUGAAUCUUCCAGUGUGGAAAUUGUGGCACGGAACUGAUGUACCCGGACGACAAAAAGUGGCGGACAUGUGUAGCAACAACAUACCAACUGAGUUUACUGAAACAUGUCUGUAACUAACACAACGUUUUUAUAACAUGGCGCUUGUUUAAUGCUGUUGUUUGGAAACUAGCGACAUGAUGUAAAUUCGUAAAUAUGUCCGAAGCUGCUUUUGAGGAAGUUUCCGUUUUAUCGUCCAUUUACUGCGGUGAAGGAGAGUUCCAGCUCAUCCAGGAGUCUGCUCAGGAUGGGCUCAUGGUCCAAAUCAACAGCAAUGUUGGAGGAGAAAGAGGGCUGGACGUAAGACUGUUGUUCCAUCUGCACCCCCACUACCCUUCCUGUCCCCCGUCCAUCUCCGUCUCUUCCACUGGUCUUUCUAGGACUCAGUGUCACAACAUCAGACAGAAGCUGCUGGAUCAAGCUGCAGCUUUACCUCCAGAACCAAUGGUUCAUCAGCUAGUGGAGUGGUUGCAGUCUACUGAGGUGAAAGAGAACUGCAGCGCUCAUGAGGAGGACGACAAAGAGAGGGAAAAAGAGGAGGAGUGGAUGACAGUGCUGUCGUUGGACCACAUCCGAUCUCGGAAUCGUUACAUCAGUCUGCUGGAGCGAUGGACCCAGCAGCUGCAGCUCACUGGGAGGUUAUUACUGGGACGUAGUAUACUGAUUAUCUUGCAGGGAGCCAGACCUAACAUCAAGGAGUUUUGUCGCCUUUUGAAGACUGUGAAGGUGGAUGUGGAUUCUUCAGGCAAGAAAUGCAAAGAGCGGAUGAUGAAGGUUGUCAUUGAAAGCCCUUUGUCUUCCUCCUGUGGACAUGGUCUCCAGGGUUUUGAAGUUAAGAACUACGAGUCAUUGCCAGAGCUGACCGCAGCCUUCCAAGAAAUCCACAUGACUGAACUAUUUCAGCAGAUUCUGCCAUCAUUAAGUGACUGACAGCACACAAGUUACCAUGGUGACCACUGUGACCACCAGUCAGGCCUAAAGUCUGUUUCUCUCGUUGCUGUAUAAAUGUUGAAAACAACAAUCAUAAUCCAUCAUUACCAUAUUCACAUUAGGCCCUCAGCUGAGGCUGGUUAAUGAUUCAUCUGUCUGCUCAUAUCUCCAUGAAGGUUUAAAUCCCAUUUAUAUGCUUUUUUUUGAGUGAAUAAAUUAAUAUUUCUGUAUUUCUAUACAGCACAUAGAGUACACAAUUUCAACUACACAAACAUUAUUAAACAUUAUAUUAUUAUUACAUAUUGGAAUAUAUUAUAUAUAAUAUGUUAUUUCUGGCCUACAUGAUUCUUGCAACUUAACAUAAACCAGUAAUUGUUUAACACAUUCAUAAUAAGUUUGUGUUGUUCUUUUAGUCAGCGCCUGAGAAAACUACGCCUACACAGAUCGCAGACUAUCGCAGGGCUGACGUAUAGAUACAGACAAUCACGCUCUCAGUCCAAAAACAUGGACUUAGGCUUAAUCGGUGACUCUAAACUGCCCAUAGGUGUGAAUGAGAGCGUGACUGUCUGUCUCUAUAUGUCAGCCCUGCGAUAGUCUGGCGAUCUGUUCAGGGUGUACCCCGCCUCUCGCCCAAUGUCAGCUGGGAAAACUACAUCACACAUGUAUUGCAAUGAAUUGUGGGUUAUUACACCAGUACAGUCUGGAGAAGUCUGAACUUCAAGUGGACUCUUUGGAAAACUGCAGAAAGUCCACUUUGUUGCCUCUGUGGACAGGAUGAGUUGUGGAUUUGGACAGCCAUCAACAUUCACAGACUUCCAGGGAACGCACUCACAAUGUCUGAGAUUCCAGGCAUUUAUUUAUUUAUUUAUUUGUACAGUUUAAAGAUACAUGGACAAAGGACUGAGCAGCUGGACUGUAAAAACAGAUGCACACAGAAGGAGCUGACUGCCAGAAUUCCAAGUUAAAUGUAAAGCCUCCUCCAAAUACCUAUCUCCAACACAAUGCUAUAACUGCUGUAGCAUUGGCUCAACAGCAGACACAGUGACUGGUGGUUGUAACGCAAAAAAAAACAUGGUUUCUUUAUUGCUGAUGUGUAUUUUGGCACUUGAUUUAAUUGUCAUUGAUGGACUGAUUGGCUAGUUUGUAAUAGGUCAAGGGGAACACAAAUUGGACUGAAUCUAUGAAGUAACAAUCUUUUUUUCCCUUGGUCCAAACCAAAUGAACCAAACUACAUGUGAGAAUGUAUCCUUUAGAUCUUCGCUGUACCUAAACUUAACCACGGAAAGAGAAACACCUCAAAAAUAUUUGUACUUAAUGUAUCUUCAGUCCUAAUAGCUGCCGCCAAUGAGACAUUCCAUGAAAUCAGAUAAAAAAUUCAAUAAAAGGAGAAUAUUGGACAUCGCGCAAUGAUGCAGCAAAGUAAGGAGGUAUUGUGAUUUACACUACAUUACUUGUAAACAGGUAUUGAGAAAAGUAUUCCUUGAAUUUUUUUUCCAAAAUGUUUUCAGACAAGUUGCCAUAUUUCUGAAUUGUGCUGCACAUCUGCAGAUACAAUGCAGUGUAUGGCAUUUACGGUGACAUUAGGGUGGUAUCCCUAUUUGGGCAUGAACAGCAUUUUUGAUCCGUUUCCUGUGUCCCGCAUAUUGAGACAAUGUGCCUCAUUUUGAAACUAUCUAACUGGGUUUGGUCAGCAGAAAGCCCUUCUCAGAGGGUUUUUUUCCGACUGAAAUCCAAAGAUGAUUUACAGGCAGACUGCAGCACUCCAAAUCUUACAGAUCAGCAGACUGUGGUAGUAAGCUAGCCCUGGUAAUUUUCCAGACUUGGAGAUUUGGGGAAAAAAUGGCCAUAUGGUCUUACAAGAGCAGCCAAAAGUAAAGUUUUCAUUUUUUUUAAGUUACAAAGACAACAUAAACAUUUAACUGUUAACCUGUCAGACUACCUGUCAACACUGGUAACACUCAAAUCUACUAUGUGUUGGGCUGUGGUCACCCUAAGAGGCAGACAAGUGUCUCUUUCUUCUGUCUCUUUAAGUAGACCUGGUCCUAUGAAUUUUGAUAACCUUUAAACAUUUAAUGUGUGAUACUGUUAUGGUAAACUGUCAUAAACUUUUUUUAAAUUUAA